GGCCAAUAAACCGUUUUUUUCGACGCUAGCUUUAUUCAAAUUAAGCUGUGCACAUAAACGUACUGACUUGUUUACAGAUUACCUUAUCGACAGAAAACAUUUUCGGAAGGGAACAGUAUAAACUGGGGGAGUCUGAUUGGACUCUGGGGCUGGGUGAGGCUGCACACCUGUUGCACAUUGAGUAAUCAGUGGGCACAGGUUAAACCAGCCGUCUGCACUCGCACUUGGGGAGAUCUCCUGGAUGGCAGCGGAGCACCCUUUGUCACAAUGUCAGGCUUUUGUUAUAGACCACUAGAUGUCGCCAAUUCUGACUUUCUGUUCUGUGUUUUUUCCAUCUAAUUAUGUCUCUUGUUAAGCAGACUCACCGGCCCCAUGUUAGUCAUGUGAUUUGUUCAGGCAUUUUGUCUCACAGUAUUUAAGCCUGAUCUUUCCACUCUGUCUCUGUUGAGCCUUCACUGAACCCCCGUGAGUAAACCUUACUCUUGAACAGUAUUUGCUGAUUGCCUUCUUGUACUUUGACCCUGGACUGUUUUUCUACUGAGUUUGGGAUUACCCUUUUGAUUUGUUCGCUCUUUCUGGAUUGAUCUUGUUGCCAGCCUUUGCCUGUCUGUUUACCCUGCCUAUUGGAUUACCCUCUGGAUUUACUGUCGAUGUGCUUUGCCUUUUUGGAUUCUGGGACUGAGUAUUUUGUGUUUUUUGCUUUUUUUGGAUCUUCUGAGCUUUAUUGGAACUAGAUUUUUCUGAGGAAUAAAUACCUUAAAACUUUCUUUGCACUUGAGUCACCCUAGCUUUCUGAGUACCAUACCGUGACACCCUUGACAUGUUCAUUAUCACAUUUUUUAAAUAAACCAUAUUUUUAACACCACAUCCGUACAGGAGCCCAAAAUAAGUCACCUAGGUGGAGUGGGGCAGCGUCCUAGGUGGAGUAUAACAUGGACAUUUGCUACAGGCAGUAUUAACAGAGCAGUAUCAACAGUAUUAACAGAACAGUAUUAACAGUACUAACAGUUGUGCCGACCCUGUGGCUCGAGGAGACUGGGGGCGGGUCCCCUGCUCAUGUGUUGGAGGUCGUGGGAGGAGCCAGUGGCUCAUUACGGAGAGGUGGAAGCACCUGUGUCAUGUGAUCUCAGAAGCUGCCAUUUUGAAUGACGCCGUCUUCAAGCCCUCGACCCCAGUGCACUCGCUUUCCGUUGUGCAGGCUGCUCAACUUCCCGUUUUCUGUUCCAUUACCCUGCUUUGUCGACUCUGCACCACUACAUAACAUAACAUUAACAGAACUGUAUCAACGAGAUUAACAGAACAGUAUCAACAGUGUUAACAAAAGUAUCACCAGAGAACCGAAUGAACGGUGUUAACAUUAACAAAAUGAAUAGAAGUCAGUAUCAACAGUAUUACCAGUGAACAGUGUGAACGGCUUUAACAGUGUUUACAAUAGUAACAGUAUUAACAGAGACCAGUAUCAAUAGUAUUAAUAGAGAACAGUAUUAGCUGCAUUAACAGCGUUAACAGUAGUAGCAAUUAACAGUAUUAAGAGUAUUUACUAAUCGACAGUCUUUGCAGUAUUAAUAUUAGUUGAUUAUGGUUUUGUUGAACCUUUAAUCUCUAACUAUAUAUUCUUCCUGUAUGUUGGCUCAGCUCUAAGUUAUGACUCUGCUCAUGUACAUUUUAAUAAGUUCCUCAUUCACUCAUCUCACCAAGGCGUAGAGAGAAAGAUGAAGUAAAGCUUUUACUCUUCAGGAACUUCAUAUCAAGUCCUUCACCUCUAUCACUUCUGGAGGAGAACAUGACUGGAUCCUGGAGAGUAUUCCUGCUCUGUAGUCUCCUGCAAGGUGCUGGGUGUUACCAAAGAUUUGAGGCCCUAAUGCCAGAAAGAGUGACGACACUCAGUGGAUCCUGUGUUACCGUUCCUUGUUCCUUCACCUUGGAGGACAGGUAUAAAGACAAGCUACAUCAUGGAUGUAUACCAACAUGGAAAAAAGGAGAACAAUUGAUCAGUAAUACAACAUUCAGGGGAAAUCUAAAGGCGUACAACUGUACUACAACAUUCAAUAACGUACUUGAAGACAAUGUUCAAUAUUAUUUUAGAAUUGACUGUGGAGAUGGAAGAUGGGAGAUUUGGAAUCAACUCAAGUAUAGUUUUAAAGAAAACCCAGUGACCUUCAUGAUCAAGGGGCUCCCUGAUGCACCUCGUUUGACCCCCCCCAAGGAGCCGGUGGUGGAGGGGACUCCUGUGGAGCUGGGGUGCUCUGCCCCGUCCUACUGUGACACCCACCCCCCCACUGUGACGUGGACCCCCGCCCUGGGGCUCAGCACCCAGCUCCAGCAGAACGAUACCGUGACCUCCACUCUGACCUUCAAUGCCUCCCUCCUCCACCAUGGAAACAAUGUCUCCUGCACUGCGGCCUACUACAUACCAUCUGGGAACAAAACUGUGACGUCUACAAUAUACAAGAUACUCAGUAUCUCAUAUGCCCCCAGGAACACCUCUGCUGUCGGCAGCCCGUGUCUUCCAGCCAGAGAGGGAGGCUGCCUGAACCUGACCUGCUCCAGUCAUGCUAACCCUGCUGUCAGCGAGGUCACCUGGUACCGAAUACACAGAGAACACAUCCUUAAGAUCGGGACUGGAUCUUCUCUGUCCAUCCAGCUGUGGAACGCCAAUAACGUUUUCUUCUGUGAGGUCCGGAAUGACUUUGGCACAGAAAAGUCUACUGUCUACAAGAUCGACAUUCAAAUUCCUUCACAGAUCUUUAAUAUUCCAGACUUGGUGCUAUGCAUUGGCAAAUCUGCUGUGAUAUUCGUGGGCAUAGUGUGCGUGGUCGUGUGUAUUAUAAGAACUCGGAAAGUGGGUGAGGAGACGCGGUCCUUUAACGCUGCCACUGUGAAGCGAGCCCCCCCAGACGAGGAGGAGUCCCAGGUAACGUGGAUACAAGCUCCACACUGACCUCUGGGAUAUUUGUGGAGCUCUGUUGUGUUUGAAGACCCAUUCUGUGUCUCAGGUCAUCUUCGGAUGUAGUAUAUAACUUUUUUUUAAUAAGUUGAUAACCAUCGGUGUCAGUGGCAGCCUGCCCUAUACGCUGAGUAUGCAGUUGUGUGGACCAGCUAAGCCAGUUCACAAAAGUUAAUUAAUUCUCUAAUUCAAGAUCCAUUCUGAAGGGGUUAUGUUGCCCUCUGGUGGUGAUUUGCAUUCACAGCCCAGGUAGAGAAGGCUUGUAGUUGUCCAGAGUGAAUUUUAACGCAAUAUAUACUGUUUCUUACAUUGUGUAAAACAUGACAGCAAAUCUAUUGAAAUUAAUAAAUGUAUUAAUUGUAAUUCCAGCCUUUUGGCCAAAUAAACAUUGGUCAAGUUUCUACAAGGUUUUAUAGCAAUGUCUAAUGUUGAUGUGUAGCCAUCUCUUUUAAACAAUUGCAGUCUUCAGUUGUUGUUUUUUAAGUCACAGUUUUCAGCUCAAGGCAAGGAGCGGCCCCAAAAAAAAGUCUUGCCUCGGGGCCCCUACUGCCUAGAGCCAACACUGACAAGUAGCAUACCUUGGGGCCCAUGGUACCAACCAGUCUUCCUGGUCAGUAUUAAACAAGAGCAGUGUUUACAGUAUCAAGAGAGAACAAUAUAAACAGUGUUAUCAGAUGACCGUAUAAUCAGUAAGCAUUUUCAGGAGGGGACAGUAUAAACUGGCAGAGUCUGAUGGGACUCUGGGGCUGGGUGAGGCUGCACACCUGUUUCACAUUGAGUAAUCAGUGUGCACAGGUUAAACCAGCCGUCUGCACUCACACUCGGGGAGAUCUCCUGGAUGGCAGCAGAGCACCCUUUGUCACAAUGUCAGACUUUUGUUAUAGACCACUAGAUGUCGCCAUUUCUGACUUUCUGUUCUGUUCUGUGUUUUUUCCAUCUAAUUAUGUCUCUUGUUAAGCAGACUCACCUGCCCCAUGUUAAUUAGUCAUGUGAUUUGUUCAGCCAUUUUGUCUCACGGUAUUUAAGCCUGAUCUUUCCACUCUGUAUCUGUUGAGUCUUCACUGAACCCCCGUGAGUUAACCUUAGUCUUAAACAGUAUUUGCUGAUUGCCUUCUUGUGCUUUGACCCUGGACUGUUUUUCUCCUCUGAGUUUGGGAUUACCCUGUUGAUUUGUUCGCUCUUUCUGGAUUGAUCUUGUUGCCAACCUUUGCCUCUCUGUUUACCCUGCCUUUUGGAUUACCCCUUGGAUUUACUGUCAAUGUGCUUUGCCUUUUUGGAUUCUGGGACUGAGUUUUUGUGUUUUUUGCUUUUUUUUAAUAUUUGGACUUUGUUUAUGUUUUUGGAUCUUCUGAGCUUUAUUGGAACUUUAUUUUUCUGAGGAAUAAAUACCUUAAAACUUGCUUUGCACUUGAGUCACCCUAGCUUUCUGUGUACCAUACCGUGACACCCUUGACAUGUUAAUUUUCACAUUUUUCAAUAAACCAUAUUUUUAACACCACAUCCGUACAUCCUCUGUCUGGAGGAGCCCAAAAUAAGUCACCUAGGUGGGGUGGGGCAGCGUCCUAGGUGGAGUAUAACAUGGACAUUUACUACAGCCAGUAUAAACGGAGCAGGAUCAACAGUAUUAACAGUGAUUAGUAUCAACAGUAUUAACAGAGCAGUAUUAACAGAGAUUAGUAUUAACAGUUCGACUGCGUCUCGAGGAGACUGGGGGCGGGGCCCUGCUCAUGUGUUGGAGGUCGUGGGAGGAGCCAGUGGCUCAUCACGGAGAGUUUAGUAUCAACAGUAUUAACAGAGAUUAGUAUUAACAGUUGUGCCGACCCUGCGUCUCGAGGAGACUGGGGGCGGGUCCCCUGCUCGUGUGUUGGAGGUCGUGGGAGGAGCCAGUGGCUCAUCACGGAGAGGUGGGUGGAUGGGUGGAAGCACCCGUGUCAUGUGUUCUCAGAAGCUGCCAUUUUGAAUGAUGCCGUCUCCAAGCCCUCGACCCCACUGCACUCGCUUUCCGUUGUGCAGGCUGAUCAACUUCCUGUUUUCUGUUCCAUUACCCUGCUUUGUCGACUCUACACCA